GAGUGAGGGAGAGUUGGCUGUCAAGUGUCACACCGAGGUUCCUAGCAGUCAGAGUGGGUUUUAACACAGAGUUGCCAAAGUUAACAGUCAGGUACUGGGUCAGAGAGUCUUUUCCGGUGAAGAGAAGUAGUUCAGUCUGUCGGGGGUUGAUCUUCAGGUGGUGAGCGGACAUCCACGGAGAGAUGUCAGUCAGACAGGCAGAGAUCCGUGCCGCCACCUGAGUGUCAGAGUGAGGGAAGGAGAGAAUUAGUUGGGUGUCAUCAUCAGCGUAGCUUUGGUAGGAGAAGCCAUGCGAGCAAAUGAUGGAGCUGAGAGAGUUGGUGUAGAGAGAGAAGAGGAGGGGACCCAGAACGGAACCUGAGGAACUCCAGUAGUAAGAGGACAAGGUACUGACACAGAUCCUCUCCAAGUUACCCGGGAGGUGCGGCCAUCAAGGUAGGAUGAGAGAAGGGAGAAAGCAGAGCCUGAGACACCAAGUUCCAGAAGGGAGGAGAUAAGGACCUGGUGGUUUACUGUGUCAAAUGCUGCCGAAGGGUCCAGAAGGAUGAGGACAGAGGAGAGAGAGGCGGCUCUAGCAGCGUGGAGUUGCUUUGAGACAGCAAGGAGAGCAGUCUCUGUGGAAUGGCCCGCCUUAAAGCCUGACUGAUGGGGGUCAAGGAGAUUGUUACGGUGGAGAUAGGAGGAGAGUUGGUUGAAAUAGCAGGUUCAAUAGUUUUGGACAGAUAGGGAAGAAAAGAUACCGGUCUGUAGUUGUUUUCUUCAGAAGGUUUGAGGGUGGGCUUCUUCAGGAGUGGGUUAAGUCUUGCCUCCUUCAUAGAGUUGGGAAAACAGCCAGAUAACAGAGCAUUGUUAAUGGGACAGGUGAGAAAAGGAAGAAGGUCAGCAGCAAUAGAUUGUAAAAUAUGGAAUGGAAUGGGGUCGAGAGGGCAGGUGGUGGGACGGGCAGAGGUUACCAAGGUAAGAACCUAGUUAGGAGACAGGGGGGUGAAAGAGGGAAGCGAGGCCGAUAGAGCUGAAGUCGGUGGGAUACAGGUGGAAGGAGGUGGGUUAGAGAAGGAGGAGCGUAUGUCAGCUAUUUUUUUGGUAAUAUAGCUGAUAAAGUCUCUUGGAAGAAGAGUGGAGGGGGAAGGAGGACUGAGGGGUUCGAGGAGGUUGGUGAAGAUAGAAACACGUUUAUUGGGGUUAGAAAAUGAGGACUCAAUUCUGGAUUGGUAGAAACCACUUUUGGCAGCAGAGAUAAAAGCAGAAAAAGAGGAGACAAGAGACUGAAACACAUGCAGGUCGUCAGGUUGUUUUGUAUUUACGGCAUUUUCUUUACGAUGCUCGCAGAGUGGCUCUCAUAGCACGCACAUCAAAGCAUGUGAAUGUUUUAAGAUGGAACCACUAAAUACAGAGUCUUAAAAUGAGCAUGAUAUGUCCCCUUUAAGAUAUUGGUAAUGCUUCUAUGUGAAGACUUUAAAAAAUGGUUGAAAUUGUUAAGGCUGGCGUCAACGUUGAAUGGAAGUUAAAGUCUUAAUACUUUUGGUCGCUUCUGUAAGUAAAUCAGAUCUACAUCAGAUGAUUUCUACAAAUACAUAAGUUUGCAAUACCAACCCAUGAAGCUUUUUAUGCAGUGUUUGCCUUACUGAAAGGUUAGUAGCACUCAUCAUUUAGAGCUACAGACACAGAAAUGGGACAUAUUGAUCUAAAAAAAUAUAACUUUUAUCACUUAACCACUAGAUGGAGGCUAUUUUACAAAAAGUCAGCCCAUGGGCUUGUCUAACAAGCUCCAGUCAAAUAUCCAAACAGGACUGAGGGGAGGAGAGAGAAAGCUUGUGAAGCUCUAAAAACAUUGUAAGACCAGAGAGUUUAACAGUUGGAUUUAGUCCACAAUCAUAUCACUGAUUAUGGGAAUGCUGAGGAUAUUUACAGCCUUUCUUCUUCACAUGGCCUCUUCUUUGGCGGCUCCUGUGCCCUGUGAGGAGAAGGUAAGCAAUCUUGAGGCGGAGAUCCGGGGUCUGAUUAAGGUGAUCAACGACCAGCAUCGCUACAUCCAGGACCUCCACAACAGCCAGGCACAGCAGCUGCAAUACCUACCAAACUCCCACCUCGGCCCAGAGAAUCUCCAUAGAGACUGCUCCGAGGUGUUUGCAGACGAUAACGUGGCCAGCGGGCUGUAUGCGAUACGUCCCGAUGGUUCUCACACUGCAUUGACAGUGUACUGUGACAUGAACAACGGAGGAGGAUGGACUGUCUUCCAGAGGAGGAAAAACGGCAAAGAGAGCUUUGAUCGAGCGUGGGUGGAGUACAAGCAUGGAUUUGGAGACCUCUACUCACCUGAUGGAGAAUUUUGGCUGGGCAAUAAACCUCUACACGAUCUCACUUCUCAAGGAAACCACAACCUGCGGAUUGAAAUGGAAGACUUUGAGGGAAAUCAGCGCUAUGCAGAGUACAAGAACUUUAAACUGGAUGAUGAAAAGGACCAGUACCAGUUACAUGUGGGGGAGUACACUGGUAAUGCAGGAGAUGCCCUUGCUGACGUCCGUGGCCCCCCCUCUGCCGGGAGUGGGGUCAAGUUUAGCACCUUUGACCAGAUGAAUGGCAGCGAUAUGGACACGGACGGCACGUGCAUCAGACACAGCAAAUCAGGCUGGUGGUUCAGCAGGUGUGACUCGGGCAACUUGAACGGUCACUACUACAAAGGGCCGUACCAAGCGAUGGCUGAUGACGGGGUGGUGUGGUACACAUGGCACGGUUGGUGGUACUCUAUCAAAUCUGUGGUCAUGAUGGUACGAGCUGCUGACCUUGAUCAUCCGCCACCGGUCAACGGGGUGUUGCCGGGACAACUGGACCCCAGCAAAGCGGCAGGUGACGCCAUUCACGUUGCUCGUCGUCAAUAGAGAGCAAUUGUCUUUACAAGAGCUGUAAACAGAUUUGACUUAAUUCUCAUACAUUGUAGCGUACACACUGAAAUAAAUCAUGGUCAUCUCACA